UUGACCCUCGAUUUGGUUUAUUGUUUUGAUUUAGCUGGCAGUCUUUCAGUGUGAAAUGUAGCUGGAGAGCGGAGAGAGAGGAAAAUUUAAAACCCCGAGUACUGUUGAGGGCUCAAUAAAACACUAAAGCCUGUGAUCGUAAUGAGUAUACCGUGUAUAUACCGGCGUUACUAUUCACAAAAGAUGCCCUCUCGAUGAGCUAGCGUUAGCUGAGGCUAACGUGGUGUACGUAGCUUUGGAAACAACAUGACGAUGAUGCGGAGCUGUGAGUAGGAGCCACUGACCAGACAUUGGAUCGCACCGAUUUCCUGUUUGUCAAUCAGAGAUUCCAAGGAUUAUCUUGUCUUUGUGUCUGGAUAGCAACAAAACGGCCCUCCCUAAACAAACAACUAUUACUAGCCACAUUUCACUGAAAGUUAUCUUUGAAGAGGUUGGUGUGCGUCUCUUGAGAAGCUAAAGCUGACAAUAUUGACCUAAAAAUCAGAUCUGAGCUCUUAAUUUCAAUGGGUGAGGAAAAGCCGGACACGCUGGACUUUGUGAAGGAUUUCCAGGAGUAUCUCAGUCAGCAGACUCAACAUGUCAACAUGAUAUCAGGCUCCGUUAGUGGUGUAAAGGAGGCGGACGAGCUGCCACCAGACUGUAGUCAGAAUGGACUGGAUCACCCCUCGGUGGACAUGUCACUGGAGGACAGCACAGGGAUUCUGGUGGAUGGAUUUGAGAGGACCUAUGAUGGCAAACUCAAGUGCCGCUACUGCAACUAUGCCACCAGAGGCACUGCCAGACUCAUUGAGCACAUCCGAAUACACACAGGGGAGAAACCUCACCGCUGCCACCUCUGCCCAUUUGCCUCAGCCUACGAGCGCCACCUGGAAGCCCACAUGCGAUCCCACACAGGCGAGAAGCCGUAUAAAUGUGAGCUGUGCUCCUUCCGCUGCAGUGAUCGCAGUAACUUGUCACACCAUCGCCGUCGACGUCACAAACUCCUUCCAAUGAAAGGUGCUCGCUCUCUUUCCCACAAGAAGAUGCUGAGCGUUUUACAAAAGAAGGCCAGCUCUCUGGGUUAUGGUCGACGUCUCCUCAUCAACUUCAGCCCCCCAUCUAUGGUGGUGCAUAAGGCGGACAAUGUGAACGACUUCUCCCACGAGCUGCCUCACUUGCGCCAAGAUGCCUAUGAUAAUCCGAGUCGAACAGUGGAGGAUGGACACCCAGCAAAUCAAAACCACCAUCACCAUGAUAUGGUUAUGGAUAACCCCCUGAACCAGUUGUCUACCCUGGCAGGUCAGUUGGCCAGCCUCCCCUCAGAUUCCCAGGCCCAGGCUCAGCCUCCCAUGUCUCCAGGAGCAGAGUCUAUCGUGGACGAGAAGCCUUUCCUCAUCCAGCAGCCCCACCCUGCCACAGCUCCUGUCGCUGUUACAGCCAGCAUGACCCACCCCUCCUCCUCUUCCCCAAUCACCCCUGAGCCACGGGCUCCUCCCCACAACAAUUGCAGCCCAGGCGGUGGACCCUGCAGCGAGCACAGUGCGCGCACCAGUACCCCAAGUAUCUCUAACAGCCAACCCAGUACACCCGCCCCAGGCCUGUCUGCCCCACUUCAGGACCCCCAUAUGCUACACCACUGCCAGCACUGUGAUAUCUACUUUCCUGAUAACAUCCUCUACACCAUUCACAUGGGCUGCCAUGGCUACGAAAACCCAUUCCAGUGCAACAUCUGCGGCCACAAGUGCAAGAGCAAGUAUGACUUUGCCUGCCACUUUGCCCGUGGGCAGCACAAGUAAAGGAAGACUCUGACAUAACUUAUAAUGGACAGCUUGUUUUAAUAAUUUCAUAGUUAUUUUAUUUAUUGGUCUCUUACUUGGCCUUGAUGUAGCCUAGCCUUUGGAAGUUGUACUCAAACAAGAAAAUGGCAACAUUCACAGGGUUUCAUUGUGUAUGGUGCCCAUUCAAGUGUGUUAUGAAGGGAUGAACAGUGUUUUCAACAGGUUGAGAAUUUAUUUGGCUGGUGUACAGAGGUUCAUUAUCCUCUGAGAAAUAAUGAUCUACAUAGGCCACGAAGCCAACAAAUAAACCUUAAUGAAGUAGAUAACCAAAUACACAAUAAUAAUUGGUUCUUUUACUACAAGUAAAGAUCAGAGAUGUGAUGCUGUUCUUGAAAGCGGAGCCUCCCCAAAGGUGGAAAAACAAAGGGGCUUACUAGCAGCAAGUAAAGCUUUGUAUUUAUUUUUUUUACAUUUUGCGCACAUUUACACAAACAUCCCCAUCUACAUAGUUGUAUAGCAUAGCUUCUGUGCCUGCUCUCCAAGUAAUCUCUCCGUAAAGGUGCCACACUGACCAGCAUCUCCUUUGGUUACUGUAAUGCACUUACUAUUGACAAGUACCUCAUACAACACUACUUAUAAUUACCACACUAUAAGUUUAGAUUAAAGUUUUUUUUAAAGCAUAUACCUUUAUAAAAUACAAGCAGGAUAUUAAGUUAACCAUGUUUUUACAUGGCAAAUCCCUGGUGAGCCACCCAAAUAAAUUCUCGCAACUCCUUGAGUAUUAUCAAGAGAUUACUUUUGAUGAUAACAGGACCUGUUGACCUGGAUUGAUCUUUCUUAAGCCUCGUUGAAAUUAUUUCAGUGCUUGGUGCAUUACUACUCUUUCUUUGCAGUGCCUGACAUGGUCACUUCUCUUGUGUGGCCUAGACAGAGAGGACUGUUAUUUUAAUAGAUAUUAUUACACAUUUCCUCUUCUAGUUGUAGUGAAUAGGCUGAGAGCCUUGACAAAAAAGGGUUUGGCCAUUGUAGUUUUCUUUGGUAGCCAUGAUUUCUUUUGCCAAAAUUCUGUUCCAUGUAUGCUGCUAAGAAACGUUGGGAUCAAAAGUAAAUGGAAGGCAUCCACAGCGAAAUCCUGGCCGAACUUAGUAUCAGUGGGUUUUUAUUGGUCAGCCAAUCAAGUUGUGAACCUAGAUUUGGUAGAAGUGGUGUUUUCACACAGUGUCCUUCCUCAUCAGUUUCACUUGUUUUAUUUGGUUUAUUGUAUCCAUUUAGUUCCAUUGUUUCACACUCCAAACUUUUGAUAUUGUAAGAAGUCACUUUGAUAUCCAGUAUCUCCACAUUUAGGACAGAACCACCCAGUCUUGUGUCUCAUGUGAACACUUUUUCAGAAUUGCUACGUAGCAACAGGGAUGCUAUUUUUUAGCCUUUGUGGUAACACUCGCUGAGAUUCCCCCUUUGGAUCCCUUUCUGAAUAUUUAUUACUGAGUAUUGUAUUCUGAGUGGUUGGAUAGAUGUUCAGUGUCAAAAAAGCAAAACAUGUCGCAGUAAGACUGUUACUUUAGCAAGAUUGUUCUUUGUAUUGGAUACUGUUGUCUGUUGCAACAUGCGUGGAGAACAUAGUUACUGUUUUUAGGACCACCUCCUUGUCACCAUGCUUACAAGUAAUAGGGGCCUCCAGUUAUAACUGCCUUAUGUUGUCUCAGUGUGUCGUAGGUUCAUAGGUAACCGUGAAUGUCAAAGCCUGUUGGCGAUCACUCUUUCCCUCUGGGAUGGCAAAUCAUUUUACUGUUACAUGGAUUAAUCAAACUAAUUUAUAAGUAAAGUGUUUUAUAUCCAA